CUUUAAAUAAAUAAAUUAAGCUUAAGCUAAGAUGUAAAAUGUGAUCGGUAAAUGUAUAGAGAAAUAAAAUUUGUGGGAAAUGGAAAUGUAGAGGAGCAUAAAAUGUGUAAAAGAAAAGACGAAUUUUGGUUGUCUUAUUAUCUGUGAUUGGAGGAAUGAGAAGAGUGUGCAGAGAAGGAUAGGGAUGGAUGCUAGGCGGUGGGGAGUGGAGAAUCCAUCGAGUAGUAACUGUUGAGCCCAUAACUAUUUAUAGAAAAGCCAGUGGAAUUCAUCAGACGGCCAUUUGCAUGCACAGAGAAAGAAAGGCACCCACGACUCAGUUUUCUGAUCAUCAAGUGGGGAACUGACCGACUUACUCAUUAGCUUUCAACUUACCCAAUCCUUGUACAUUGGCCAUUGGACAUAACAGACGUGAUCAUCAAGACUCUGACUCUGACUUCCUGUGUUCACUUGAUGCCAUCCCACCACCUCUUUAUUAUCCUGUAUCGAACAAAUAAGACGAAACUCUUUUGUAUUAAUGCCCAUGAAAAAGUCAAAAAGCCUACGCUCAUUUCAGGGUCCAGCUCACUGGUUGUGUAGGAAAAACAGUGUCUUUACAUUAGUAGAGGAUCUUUUUACUUCAAAUUCCAAAAGCAAGUAUAACAGCAUUCAUUUGCAAGUUGUAACUGAGAAACAAAGAGUUAAACUUCUGUCAAGCAAAACUAAAACACCCAUGAAACCCCAUAUUUGUCAGAUUGAAAUUUGAGAUUCCUUUUCCCAACCAAACAUCUUUUUCCACCAAUCACCCUCUUUACUUGGGCAUGCAGAUUUGUCACCUCAAUUAUCUCUCUCUUUCUCUCUUAUCUCUUCUCUUCCCAAGCCCAUACAUAUACCCUCUCUAUUUAAUACUUAUACAGACCCUCUUCACAUUUUCCAACUCCUGUCAAUUUAGUUUCUCAACUCCUCUUCACUUUUUUAGUAUCUAAAUUUCUUGCUCUCAAUACCUCCAUUUUCUAUUUCUUCAAGUUUUCUUCUCUCCUCCCCGUAGCCCCCUCGCAUCCCAUUUGAAGCCACAGGCAUGGGAGAUCAUGAACAUGAGAAAGUUCAGGGAACCAGUGCAGACGAUUCAUCGUCAAGAGUGUUUCCUUGUAUGUUCUGUUCAAGAAAAUUUUACAGUUCUCAAGCCUUGGGGGGUCACCAAAAUGCUCACAAGAAGGAGAGAACAGCAGCGAGAAAAGCAAAACGUGUAUCUGAAUAUUCACCAAACAACUUCUCAUCACCACAAUCGUUGCCAAUGGUUUUCCCUCCAAGCUAUCAUCAUCAUCCUCCCUUUGGACUUGUACACCCAUCAAUGUAUAUAACUGCUCAUAGCGCCAACUUUGGCUAUUUUCCCACACAAGUCUACCCAGAUAAGUUUAAAUCCAACGGCGCAGCCAGGUUUGAUAAUGUGGCGUUUUGCGGCAAUCAUCAUAACCAUGGUCGUGUUGAUGAACAGGAUGAACCGAGUUUCUUAAACUGGCAAAGAAGCAUAAGAUGUGAGAAUGGCUAUGGAGGAAUAACGUCCCAGAUGAAUAACAAUCACAUCAACAUGGGGAAUAUUUCUGAUAAGGGUAAGGAUUCCAAGGUUGAUCUUUCCCUCCAUUUAUGAACAACCAAGAAUGUGUAGGUAGCAGUAAAAGGAGAGAGAACCAUGGUUGCUCUUUUUUGUUUAAGAUGGAAUUUUGUUGACAAUAAAACUCAGUCAGUUUUGCGCUUUGAGACACCAA